AUGAUGUAUUACGACUCAUGGCUUGAGUCCAAUCAUCUUUAUAUUCAAAUGGAAUUCUGUUCGCAAAAUCUUCGAUCUGUUCUUAAAGACAAACCCAUAGUCUUUGGGAGAGACCCGGACGAGCACAUGCGCAGUGUAUUUGAAUAUUUUAUUUCAUGCGAAAUAUUUCGAGAACUGUUAGAGUGUGUCCAAUAUCUUCACGAAUCGGACCCACCGAUCAUCCAUCGAGAUCUGAAACCCGAUAACAUAUUAAUUUUACACAACAUUAGUUCCAAUCGUUUUAUAAAAGUGUCUGAUUUUGCCACAGAUCACAACACUAAUAAAAACAUUGUUAUCCGGAAUGACCAAUCCGGCGCAGGCACCAUUGGAUAUAUGGCACCUGAAGUAUUAGCUGGUAAAGCAUAUAACCAUUUAUCAGACAUUUAUAGUCUACAUACAAUUGGUGCA